AUGGCCAACGUGUGGAGCAUUCGAGGACAGGCGUUGAAGCUCAACACAGCCGCCGACAUUGAGACGCACAUUGGGCCACUGCGGGACAACGCGGACAUCGAGGAGGUGCAUCUCGAGGGAAACACCAUCGGUGUUGAAGCAUCUGCAGCGCUCGCCGAAGUGCUCGCCACGAAGAAGAAUCUUCGCAGCGCCAAUCUCGCUGACAUCUUCACGGGACGUCUCCUGUCCGAGAUCCCCCAGGCACUCGAUGCCCUUCUCACUGCACUGCUGCAGUGCCCGAACCUGCAUACCAUCAACCUGAACGACAACGCGUUUGGUCUCAACACCGUCGAGCCUCUGCGUCCAUUCCUCAGCAAGCACACGCCUCUGCAGCACCUCUACCUCAACAACAACGGCCUCGGACCAGCAGCAGGAACCCUCGUCGCCGAAGCUCUUGCUCAGCUGGCGGAGAAUAAGGCGGCAGCACGAAAGGAGGGCAAGGAUGUUCCGCAUCUCGAGACCGUCGUGUGUGGGCGCAAUCGGUUGGAGACUGGGUCCAUGGCAGCUUGGGUCAAAGCAUACACGGCCAACAACAAUGUCAAAACGGUGAAGAUGGUCCAGAAUGGUAUUCGGCAGGAGGGCAUUGCUCAGUUGAUCCAACAUGGUCUGAGUCAGUGCACGGCACUGGACACACUAGACCUGCAAGACAACACAUUCACUGCGCUGGCUGCCAAGACGCUGUCUUCUGUGGUGCCAACGUGGACCGAGAUUCGAGAACUGGCCGUUGGCGAUUGCCUGCUGUCAGGUCGAGGAGGAAGAAUGCUGGGAGAUGCGCUUGCUAAAGCCGGCAACAAGAAGUUGGAGAUCUUGAGGUUGCAGUAUAAUGAGAUUGACACCAAAGGUCUCAAGGCGAUUUCGGACGCUGCGUCUGCUGCGUCUGCUCUGCCACGUUUGAGGAGAGUGGAGCUGAACGGCAACAAGUUCGCCGAGGAGGAUCCAUCGAUUGAGUCUCUGAGAGAUGUCCUCGCAAAGCGGAAAGAGGAAAAAGCAGACGAAUACCACGAUGUCGAUGAAGACGACGAAGACGCAUGGGGUCUGGACGAGCUAGACGAAUUGGAAGACGAAGAUUCGGACGAGGAGGAUGAUCAGGAUGAAGACGAGCUUGAUGCAGAAGAAGAGAAGGUGGUCAAAGAGGCGGAUGCUACAGAGGAUGAGCCAGUAUCCCAAAAACAGGACGCCGAUGUGGACGAUUUGGCGAAUGCUCUAGGCAAGACGGAGAUUAAAUAG